AUGCCGGCGCCCGCGUCCGAGACGGCCGGCACCCGCCUCGCCGCCUCGUCCGACGCGGCGCCGCCCACCACGCCCGGCGGCAGCAUCGGCACGCCGGCGUCGGCCUUCCUGCCGCGGCCCACCGACAUCCGCUUCGCGCCCAUCAAUGUGCCGCGCCAUCGCCGCCUGCAGACGAUGGCCGUGCUCUUCUGGGGCCUGCUGCUGCCGCUCAUGCUGGCGCUCUUCUUCCUGCUCCUCUCCAUUCCGCCGCUCUGGCCGUUCAUCAUCGCGUACCUGAUCUGGAUUGCGCGGGAUCGCGCACCGGAGAACGGCGGCCGCAGGAUCGAGGCUGUGCGCCGCCUGGCCGUCUGGCGCCGCUUCGCAGAGUACUAUCCGGUUAGCCUGAUCAAGUCCGCCGAUCUGCCGCCAGACAAGAGCUAUGUCUUUGGAGCGGAGCUGAUUGUCCUGCCUGUUCGCUGCGCUGCUCCCCCAGACCACCCGCACGGCGUGAUCGGCAUGGGCGCCGUGGCCAACUUCGCGACAUGCGCGACCGAGUUCCCGAGCUCCUUCCCCGGUCUCACGCCGCACCUGCUCACUCUGUCAAGCAACUUCAACAUUCCGCUCUACCGCGACGUGAUCCUCGCGCUCGGCAUCUGCAGCGUCAGCAGGCGCAGCUGCGAGGCCAUCUUGAAGAAGGGUCCGGGCAGCGCGCUGACGAUCGUCGUUGGCGGCGCGGCCGAGUCUCUCAAUGCGCACCCGGGCACGGCUGAUUUGACGCUGCGAAGAAGGCUGGGCUUCAUCAAGAUCGCCAUCCGCAACGGCGCCGACCUUGUGCCCGUCUUCUCCUUCGGUGAGAACGACAUCUACAUGCAGCUCGCGAAUGCACCGGGCACACGGCUGCACUCGUUCCAGAAGCACUUCCAGAAGCUGUUUGGCUUCACGCUGCCCGUCUUCCACGGCCGAGGCGUCUUCAACUACUCGUUCGGCCUCUUGCCGUAUCGUCACCCCAUUGUGUCCGUCGUGGGCCGCCCGAUCAGCGUCACACGCAACGCGAACCCGAGCAAGCAGGAGCUCGAGCACUACCAGCGUCUCUACAUCGAGGAGCUGCACCGGAUCUGGGACACCUGGAAGGACGCAUAUGCGGCGAAUCGCAGCAAGGAGCUGACGAUUGUCGACUGA